AUGUGUUCACUCAGGAGUGAGUGCAAGAGACAGACCGACGGCUACAUCGGCUCUGAGUUCAAGAGCUUCAAUAAGGUUGAGGACGCCUUGGCUUAUAUGAAAGGCGAGUCCAGCAGUCGAUCCAAUUAUGGCACAUAUCAUGAGACAUACUAUGAGACCAAUUAUGAGACAUCGCGCGCAUCGGCUCAUGGAUUAGGACAUGGAUUAGCCCCUCCAGUAACCUAUGGAUCAACUCAUCGAUCUCACUAUAGAGCCCACUGUCGCGCGGGUUAUGCUGAGACCAGUGGUGUCGGACCAGGAGGUAGUCGUAGUGUUAGGAGCAUUGGUUCGCCGCCGAAGUCAGCCAUCAGUACAAUGAGAGACAUCCCGAAGACAGCCAUUGAAUGGUUGCCAAAGAGAGUGACCACUACUCAGUACCAGACCAAUGAUGGCAUGAAUGUUGUCGUCAAACAGGAGUUCAAAGCCUUGCAAAAGGCGUCCAAAGGAAAGACCAAAGCAGUUCCACUUCGAAGAGUGGAUGGUUAUGAAACGCAUAUACUGACCACCGAUUACUGUCAAAAGAUAUCAUCACAACAAGUGUCACCAGAAAUGCCUAAAUACUAUGCCGUGAGAGAUGGUCGAGAGCCGGGUGUUUACAACUCGUGGUAUGAUUUCCUCUACUAA